AUGAAUAAGAUAAUCUUCCUUUUUCUCCUCUCUCUCGUCCUCCUCCCUCUUCACGUAAUUGUGGUGGUGGGGCUCGGCAGCUGGACUCCCAUCAAAGAUGUUAAGGAUCCUCACAUUGUAGAGAUAGGCCAAUUCGCGGUCUCCGAGUUCGACAAACUGACCAGAUCGAGAUUGACGUUUGUGAAAGUUGUUCAGGGCGAGUCACAGGUAGUCUCUGGUGUGAAUUACCGGCUUCUGCUGGAGGCUAAUGGCAGCAAAUUGACCAAACAAUUUGUGGCAGUGGUAUUGGAGAAGCCGUCGCUGAAAUCAAUGAAUCUCACUUCCUUCAAGCCAAUCAUUAUUAAUUAG